UCUGUCAUCCGAGAGGCGACUUAACCCGAACGAAAGGACUACGAGCGAGUCUCUGCAGCUUUUUUAAACAGACAGAAAAAUGAAGGUAGUCGGGCCGACCUGCGCGCUGAAGAGCAAGACUGGCGGCGAGGACGUGGUGCGGUGUCUGUCCGAGCAGAGUCUCUCCAUCUCCAAGUGCAAACUGCCGCUGCUGGACGAGCACAUGAGCGCCUUCCUGCACGACAUGAACAGCUGCUACAGCAAGCUGAAGGAGCUGGUGCCCACGCUGCCCGCCAACAAGAAGGCCAGCAAGGUGGAGAUCCUGCAGCACGUCAUCGACUACAUCUGGGACCUCCAGGUGGAGCUGGACGAGCCGGGGAAAAAGAGUCAGCACGGCCAGGCGUCAGCGCCCACCCGCGCCCCUCUCUCCACGCUCAACGCCGAGCUAGCCAGCAUCUCUGUCGAGAACAGCUCGGACGACAGAAUCAUGUGCCGCUAGAAGACCAUACAGACCACCAGAAGAAUGAGACGAAAGAGAGAUAAACAUCACAGAAAGCGGUCAGAAAGUCAUCAGCAGUGCUUUUCUCCUCCUGCUGAGGCCCUGAGCUCUUCAGAGGGGAGAUUCACUCUGACUCCUGGUGUGGAAGAGACUUUAAUGUUGUGGUUCGCCCACUGCGAGGACAUUCAUUCAUUCCGUGACCAAACUGAGCUGUGAUUCUCCAUCUAAAUGUUGUUUUUGGGAGGGUUACAGAUUCAUCAUGGUUGGGUGGGUUUGCUGUGGAAUCCAUGGCAAAUUAUUACCCCACCAAUAUUGCGUAUGUGUUCUUACGGUCAGAGUUUCUCUCGUUUUAUAUUGGCGUACUUUAGAAAGUUUUAUAUUUUGUUAUAAAGGUUGAUUUCUCAGAUUGCUGAGCAAAAUGAAUGUAUUGUAUAUUACAAUGACAUGAUAUUGGAUGUCCUUAUUGUGUUUUUUACAAUGUACCUGUUUGGUGGGUUUUUUUUAUUAAAACAAAACCAACUUUA